AUAUUUAACAAACUAUGUUAUUGAUUGAUUUUAGAGAUGAUUACUUUUUAACAUCAAUGAUUACAAAACUAUUUAUGAAAACAAUGAUUUUUAUUGACACAGAUAUAAAUUGGAACAAACACGAACGAUCCAAAGUCUACAAUCUCAGAAACAAUAUAAAUCACCAUUCUCCUGGUACAAUGUAAUAGCAGGCAUGUUGGCGAAGGUGAUUGAUGAUGAAGAAAGGCAGAGCUGUCAACUUCAUGAACAAGAAAUGACUUCUGCUGUUAGAUCCUUGAGCAGUGAUAGCAUAAAAACUUCACAGGAGAGAAAAAGAGUGAGCCCAGAAGCAAAAUAUGUGGAAAUUCACCCAUGUAAUAACGCCACCGGCGGUCGGAUGAUUUCAAAGAGGAGCAAAUCGCAGGAAAAACCAUCUUGUCUGGAUGGGAAACGUAAUUCAACGGGGGAGACGAUAACAAAAGAAAAAAGGGAGAAAAGAGUAAAAUAUGUUCCUUGUCCAUCCUUUAGACCAAAGAAAAAUGAUUCGAGGGAUCAAGAAAUAGAUGAACUUUUGUACUACAAACCCUCCAGAGAUGUAGAAUCUCAAGAGAUAGAAUAUCUUCCAGCUAUUCCAAAUACUACCAUGGAUACCAGAUUUAACCGUGAUUUUCCUUUAACAAAAGAAAACGAUAAUAGUUAUGAAUUACCAUUUUUAAAAUGUCCACUGUGUGGUUGGGAAGAUGCGAAACAUGAGCAAUUUAAUUGUAACAAAAACGAGAGAAGAAAUUAUAUUUCUUGUUCGGAAUACAAUAAAAAUCUUUCUGAUGGAUAUAGUCCGUGUGCCGGAUGUGACAGCGUCACGCGUGAUAAUUUACCUUUCCGAUCUAUGGGAAUUACUGAUCUAUCAGAAUAUUUAAAAAAGUAUGUGAACAACUCCGAGGAUUUGGAAUUUCUACAGACAUUAUCAAGACAUGCAUCUUUUGCAUCUUUGAUAACAAGACAUCCAUCUGUUGUAACUUUAAUAACAGGACUCUCUGCAAGGGCAUCAAUUACUUCCGCCGUGAAACCUAUUCAAAUUACGAAAAAAUCUGCUCAUACAGAAGUAGAACAAAGCGAAGAUCCAAAAAGGAUUUUAAAAAAUAAUAUUCCAGCAUCCAUAUCGGUUCAAACGCAAGUGCUACAGGUCGACCCUGUAGUAACAGGUAAAUUACAGUUGGGUACCAUAGAAGCUUCUACCCAACUAGUUCUGCCAGAUCUGGAUAAACAUUCAAAACCAAUUGAAUUCGUACCAAAAGAUGUUUCUCGAGAUACGAAGAAGGAACAAGGUACAGAAUCAGAACCACUUGCAAUUGAAACGCGAUUUUCUAUUGGUAGGAAAAAACGUGAAAUAGGUAUCAACGCAAUGGAUUCUUUUGACAAAGCAGUGCAAAAUACAGUUUGUAUAUCAAUUCAAACUACAGAUGAUAUUGACCAAAAAGGAAAAGAGCAAGAUAAAUAUUAUAAGACUGAUACGAUAGAGAUGAAGGAAGUAGCAAUAAAUGUGGUAGAUCAAGCUUCGAAAGGAAUACAGAGUAGCAUCUGUGUAUCACGAGGAAAUUUAGCCUACCGUAUGUCUUUUGAAAAGAUGGUAGAAUUUGGUACUACCAUGUCCUUGCAUCAAGUGCGUAGCGUCGGCUGCGUGACGGCGGAAAAGAUCAAAGAAUUCAAAUCGAAUUUCGUACAAUGCGUUUCUAAAGAAAAAUUUCCUUUGGCUCGAUCCAAGUCUGAUGAUUCUAUGAAACGUUGUGCUCAUCAAGAUACGGAAUUGAAACAUUUUGUGGGAAAAGGACCACAAGAAUUUGAGGAUUCGUGUACAACAGAUACGUGUCCAUUGAAUAUACUACAUCUCAGUAGAGAUCCCACCAUGCUCUCAGUUUUACAACAACUUUUGCAGAAAAUAUUAUUUAUACACGAACAAAAAAUGCAAGACAAAUAUAAAUAUCGCCUAAAAGAAAAUUGUUUUAUCGACAUGGACAAAAUGGUGACAGCAAUCAAAGAAUAUAUAAUGAUGCUAGAGCCAAGUGUUAUCAGAGAUGAUGUGAAAGAAUUUCAUGAAAAGGUUGAUAAAAAGUCAUCUUUGACAGAAGUUCGAAGACGACCAAGUUUGAAGGAAAUUGGCACGUUUACCAUGUGUAAUGAUAAAUUAACCAUGACUGAAGAAGAUAUUUUCGAAUUAAUAUUGCAAUCCACAUUCACGAAAAUGGAUAAAAGACAAGGAACCAUGGAAGACAAUAUAUUGCUAUUAGAGAAAAUGAAAAGAAAAUAUCCAAUGAUAGACAAAGAAGUUUGUACUCAUUUGAAUUGUAAAGAUGUUGGUAUCAGUGGAUCGUUGAUGCAGCUGUGCAAUCGCGACAUAGAAGUUCAAGGUGAUGCUCGAUUGUUCAAGGACUCUGUAUGUGUCGCAAAGUAUGAAGAUAUAACAGAAAGAAUAAGCGUGGGUACCCAGAAACGAGAUCCGAUACUGGUUCGAGUGAUCAAGUGCAAUGAAAGUCAGGCGGUAGUAAGGUCGGAUAAAGAAACGUUAACUAUGAAAAAGGACGUACAUUUUGAAAAGAAAUGUAUAAGCAAACGUGUAGAAACAUGCGGUCGACCGACUUGCAUUCCGUCCACUGUUUGUAAAAUAACAAACGAAGCCAAUUUAAAAUCUACUCUUCGUAAAGAGUGCGAAAAUGAAAUGAUCGAUAGUUAUGAUAUAUGCGAUAUAAAUUGUAAAGGAAAAAUAUCUUAUGACUGGACUGAUGUAACAAAUGAUAUACUUUCAAAUGUUACUAAUUCGAAAAUUCCGAUAUGCAUGAGACCACUACAAAAAUAUACAUACGCUAGGAGCAAAUAAUUAAACAUUAGGAUUAAUAUAACAUAUAAAAUACAUAAAUAAAUCCUGUGAUAAAAAGAUAUGGAAGUUUAUUUGGGAAAUAAGUAUGACCUUAAAAUAACUUUGAUCUCAUAUUAACUUUUUCUUUUAGAUAUUGUUAUAUUUCUUAAAUCUAUUAUUGUAUCAUUUUUUCAUUCUUUAAAAUUGUAUCUUUAAAAAUAUCUUCUUUAUAUCAGCAUAUAGAAACAGUUGUUACCACAAUUGAAGAUCGUUUUAAACGCAGUCAUUGGUAUAUCUGGCUAUCUUCAGAAAUGAGCAAUAAUUUUGAUGCAGAUCAAAGAUUAAGAGAAAUCCCUUAAAUUCUAGACAACUCUUUAUAUACAUAUAUAGACACAAAAAGGUGUGAUUUUUAGAAGAACUCGGUAAUUUUUCGAUGAAAUUAGAUGGAAUUAGAAAAACUAACUGUUAAGAGAAUCUCGUAUAGUUGUUAGAUCGGAUCAUGUGAAAUCGAUUCGUUCAGUAGAACGAGAAUCCUUGGUCCAAUCUCGAAGUCAAUAUCUUGUUAUAUUCAGGACAGGCAAGUUCGUGGUUGUUCACCUGACAGUCCAAGGACUUAUGGCAGGCCUGAUGUUUCAUUUAGCGUUGACAUGAACAUACAAGGACGAAUCGGGACGCUUUUACGUAUUUACGUUGUGUGUAUGCGCUAACGCGACAACACAGAAAUAUCUUGUUAAAAACAGAUUGAGUAACGCUAUAGAUUAAUCGCUUUAACUGCAUAUGCAUAAUCCAUCAUGUGCGUCAAUUCGGAAAAAUGCCUAAACUGCGCACAGUGCGAUAUACAAAAAUUGAAAUAACUAUUAUUCGAUUUUGAUCUUAUAAUUCGAUAACAUAAUCAGUCUUGAAAUCCAUUCAUAAUAUUGACUUGGUUGAAAAAUGGAUUUCUGAUUACAUUUAUUUCAAGAAAAUUUUUAAUGUUACCCAAAAUCUCUAAAUGCUGGCACAAUAUCUGACGAAAUGGAAGGGAAAAUAAAUUAUUUCUAGACGAAAAAAUGGAAAGAUCAUUCCCGGCAUCUGCACUAUUUAUUUAAACGUUAUCGUGUGUGGCUAGACGAAGAAAUAAAUAUUCAAGAUAUUUUAACUAAGGGAGGGAGAACACUGUACAUUAUAUGUAUUUUUUUAUCUUUGUCCUGAAUGCUUAUUCGAAUACUGUACUAUGGAACGUGAAAACGUGGCCUACAAAUGUGCGAACGUGGACUGCGAACGUGGACUGCGAACGUGGAUUGCGAACGUGGGCUGCGAACGUAGUCUGCGAACGCGCGUACCUGAUCUGCGAACGUGGCGAAUAUGGUUUGCAAACGUAGCCAGCGAAUUUUGAUUUUUGUCCCAAUUUCUCCUUCAAAUGUCGCACUGUAUUGCACCUUGGAAAAUCGUUAUUAAACAAUUGCCGUUUGUUAAUCGUA